AUGAAUGUGCCAUUAGAGAUACUCAGGAUGGCCACUAGUUCAAAUUUCGAAUGUAGAAUCUACCGUUGUGUGUCUAAGACAAAAUACAACGAAGGGUACUUGGACCAAUUGUAUAGAUUUUUAGAAAGUAUAAUGUUAAAACCAAGACAUUUAAAAGACUACGGCUUCCCUUUACGUUCGUCGACAACUGGACAAACGUAUUAUAACGUUUCACGCUUGGAAAGUUGUACGGAGGACGAAAAUAAACGCUUAUGCAUUCGUUGUCACGCGUAUUUUAAUAUAUGGAUGGACGAUCCGGACGACAUCUGCGUUUACCAUCCAAAAAAACUAAUUACUGCCCAUGCAGAAAAUAACCAUAAAAUAUACGCCUGUUGUAAGAAAGAAGAAGCGAGCAUGGGGUGUUUCUUUAAUAAUUAUCACAUAUCCACAUCGAAAUGUAGGCCGUCAGACGUUUUCUUUUCUACAGAAGAAUGCGAUUUCAUAGAAAAAAACAUCGUUGUAUUUGAUACGGAAAUGUGUUAUACAAAAUUCGGGAUGGAAAUCAAUAAGAUCAUUCUCUUGUCGUUCGAUGGUUCAUUAAUAUACGAAACGAACGUCUUGCCACAGUCACCUGUACUCGGGCAUAAGAAGAAAUGCUCGGAAAUGAUGGGUAAAUUGUUAGUGCCAUUUACACAAAUGAGACGGUCUUUGUUAAGUUUUAUCAACAAAGACACAAUAAUCAUAGGACACGGAUUGGAAAACGAUCUGAAAGCUCUUCGUUUGAUACACGAGAAAAUUGUGGACACGUCUAUCAUAUUUCCAGAUAGACGUGGAUUCCCGUAUCGACCAUCUUUAAAAUCUUGGAACAUUUGG